CUGCCGUCGACUGCGUUGUCAUCGAGACCGCGGCGUUGUUUGCCUGCGCCGUAUAAAUUGCCAGCUGACAGGCGGUGACAUCCGAGAGUCCGGCACGCGUGUUUGUGUCUGUGGCCGCGCCGCAAGGUGGGAGGGUGGGCGAUGCCGUCACCCUCCGCUCGGGCCCUCGCUCGGGACACCGCCAUGGACGUCGCGCCCUUCUGAAGGUGCCACCAUCCGCAGGAUGAGCGAGCAGGACGGAAAAGUUGCCGGAGAGCUGGAACCGAUGCCAUCUGCCGCGGACGCGGGCGCGGUGCCAGCGCUGGAACAGCCGGGAUCGCCCCCAUCCGCAGAGAAGCCGCAGCCCGAGAGGCGCGAGCCCAAGGCCCGCAGGACGGGCGCCGAGAAAAGCGCGUCGGGCAAAGUCGACCGGAGCGGCGGGGGGCAGCGGACCAGGGGCUUGGGUAAGGAGGACGGCAAACGCACCGCCACGCACAGAAAGAGGCAGCGGGUGACGGUGGACAGCUCGAAGGCCAAGACGUCCCUGGAGGCGCUGAAGAUCAGCAUCAAGCAGCUCAACUGGAGGGAGCUUCCUGUGGGUCGUCGGCAGCCUUGUGACAUUUACUGGCAUGGCGUGUCUUUCCAUGACAACGAGAACAUCUUCUCCGGACAGGUCAACAAGUUUCCAGGAAUGAUGGAGAUGGUGCGCAAGGUGAACUUGAGCCGGACCAUUCGCACAAUGCAUGAGCUUUUUCCUGAGGAGUACAACUUCUGCCCGCGCUCAUGGAUCCUGCCCGAGGAGUACCACCUGUUCUCCGCUCAGGUCCGCAUCGCCAAGGAGAAUGACUCCUCGUGGAAGCCCACCUUCAUCGUCAAGCCAGACGGGGGGUCCCAGGGCGACGGCAUCUACCUCAUCAAGGAGCCCCAUGACAUCCGGCUGAUGGGCAGCGCCCAGGCCAAGCCCUGCGUGGUCCAGGAGUACAUCCCGAAGCCGCUGCUGGUGGACAAGCUCAAGUUUGACCUGCGCCUCUACGUGCUGCUCAAGGCGCUGGAGCCCCUCGAGGUCUACGUGUCCCGGGAGGGUCUCUCCCGCUUCUGCACAGAGCCCUACCAGGAGCCCAAUGCCAAGAACCUGCACCACGUCUUCAUGCACCUGACCAACUACUCGCUCAACGUGCACAGUGGCAAGUUCAUCCACUCGGAGAGCACCAACACGGGCAGCAAGCGCACCUUCUCGAGCAUCCUGGGCCGGCUGGCGGGCAGGGGGGUCGACGUCAAGAAAGUAUGGUCAGACAUCAUCUCCUUGGUCAUCAAGACCGUCGUGGCGCUGGUGCCCGAACUCAAAGUCUACCACCAUGCCGAGAUCCCGCCCGGGAGGCCGGGCCCAGCGUGCUUCCAGAUUUUAGGAUUUGACAUUCUGCUCAUGAAGAAUUUAAAGCCCAUCCUGCUGGAAGUGAACGCCAACCCCAGCAUGAAAAUCGAGCACGAGCAGGAGGUCUCGCCCGGGGUCUUUGAGCACGUGCCCAGUCCGGUCGAUGAGGAGGUCAAGGUGGGCGUCAUCAGGGACACGCUUCGGCUGGUCGAUCCGGUGCAGCGGAGAUGCCAGGCUAACACGGUGCAUCUGACUGAACACGCAGCGGAACCGCAGGACGACAUCUUGGAGGAUGAGCCCCCGGAGCGGUGCCCGAGUGAGCCGGGUGCCAGUCAGCUGCCAUCACUGUGCCUCAAGCAGGUCUUCCCCAAAUACUCGAAGCAGUUCAGCUACCUGCGGGUAGUCGAGAGGAUCGCCGUGCUCUUCGUCAGGUUCCUUGGCGUCAAGGGGUCCAUGAGGCUCGGCCCCACGGCGUUCCGGACCUUCAUCAGGUCCUGCAAGCUCAGCAGCAGCACGCUGUCGAUGGCCGCCGUGGACAUCUUGUACAUCGACAUAACGAGGCGCUGGAGCUGCCUGGCAACGGACCAGCGCGAGUCGGGGAUGUGCCUUCAGGCCUUUGUGGAGUCCUUCUUCUACCUGGCGCAGCGGCGCUUCAAGCUUCUGCCACUCCACGAGCAAGUGGUGGCCCUGGCCGACCUCUGUGACCGUCACCUGGAGGCCCUGGAUGAGAAGCGACUGCAGUGCGGCCGCGGGGCAGUGGAGCGAAGGACAGCUCUGGCUUCCUGCCAGCCUGGGAGGCUCAACUCCAUGUUGCCAACGCCAGCGCCCCACUUUAGCUGCCCGAGCACGCUGGCCAAAGCGGGCGACUGUGGGCUUCAAGGAUCCACACAAGAGCCCUUGAAGGUCAAUGGCGUGGAGAACUGAGGCCUCUGAGAGUGCCUGGCAAUGUGCCCCCAUACCACGCCAGCAUGGGCAUUAUUCUGAACUCCUGGGUCGCCCAAGCCUGAAUUUGCCUGGGCUUCGAUGGAAGGUUUGGAUCACCAUGGCAAUGCCGUUUAACCCUGGCAUCAGAAGGUGGACGUGCCUGCAGAUAAAAUGGAUGACGAUGACGAGGAGCCAUGUAGAGACACAUGUUUG